CAGCCACACAGCGCCGCGUUCCGCCCCCUCAACCCCGUGUGAGCAACAGGUAGCUCCAUAUACGGACCAGAGAGGCGCCUCGCGGCCCCUCCGGUAACGGGUCUGCAGAGGGCGCACGGAGGGGCAGUGCCACCAUGCGCACUCCAUCCGACGCGCCUCUCCUGAGCGGAGGCAACCAGUCCCUGCUCGCUCUCAGCCUCGCCGGAGACCCGACGAUGGGAACCCCUUCGAACGGCACCCCCCACGCGAACGGAUCCGACCCGUUCGCGCGCAACGAGGACGUGGCCCAGAUCGAGAUCAUGGUCCUAAGCAUCACCUUCGUCGUGGCCGUGGUCGGGAACGUGAGCGUGCUGCUGGCCAUGUACAACACCAAGAAGAAGACGUCCCGCAUGCAUUUGUUCAUCAAGCACCUGAGCCUGGCCGACCUGGUGGUCGCCUUCUUCCAGGUGCUGCCGCAGCUCUGCUGGGAGAUCACCUUCCGCUUCUACGGCUCGGACUUCCUCUGCCGCGUGGUGAAGCACCUCCAGGUGAUGGGCAUGUUCGCCUCCACCUACAUGAUGGUGAUGAUGACCCUGGACCGCUACAUCGCCAUCUGCCACCCGCUGAAGACCCUCCAGCAGCCCACCAAGCGCUCCUACGUGAUGAUCGUCUCCACGUGGAUGUGCAGCCUGGUGCUGAGCGUCCCGCAGUACUUCAUCUUCUCCCUGAGCGAGAUCAAGAACGGUUCCGAGGUGUACGACUGCUGGGCGCACUUCGUGGAGCCGUGGGGCUCCAAGGCGUACGUCACCUGGAUGACCGUGGGCAUCUUCCUGGUGCCGGUGGUCAUCCUCAUCCUGUGCUACGGCUUCAUCUGCCGCACCAUCUGGAGGAACAUCAAGUACAAGAAGAAGAAGACGGCGGCCGGGGCGGCGGGCAAGAGCGGCAUGAUCGGGAAGUCGUCGGUCAGCAGCAUCAUGGUGAUCUCCAGGGCGAAGCUCAGGACGGUCAAGAUGACGUUUGUGAUCGUGGUGGCGUACAUCGUCUGCUGGGCGCCGUUUUUCACGGUGCAGAUGUGGUCGGUGUGGGACCGAAGCUUCCAGUGGGACGAUUCUGAGAACACAGCGGUGACUCUGUCUGCGCUCCUCGCCAGUCUCAACAGCUGCUGCAACCCAUGGAUCUACAUGAUCUUCAGCGGCCACCUCCUGCAGGAUUUCGUGCACUGCUUCUCCUGCUGCUGCAAGCUGAGCAGCGACUACAAGGAGGACUCGGACAGCAGCGUCCGCAGGACCACGCUGCUGACCAGGAUCACCAAUCGGAGCCCGACAGGCAGCACCGGCAACUGGAGGGAGCUGGACAACUCCCCGAAAACGUCAGCACAGAUGGAGUGAAACAGCCGGCCGCACCAAGAAACUCAGCUCAAAGACUGAGAAAUCCUAAGGGACAAGAAAGCCUUCUGUAUGGUGAAAAAGGAGAUGAACAAUGUUAAUAAGAAUAUAAAUAUAUAUAUGAGCUUUUUGCUCAGUCCCAUGUGCAUACUAAAUCUGGUUUAUAAACAUUCUAAUAUGUAUACAUCAUAAGUGCAUUGCGAAAGGAGGGGAUGUAGUUUUUGCAACACCACUUCAUCCCACCUGUAAACAUUCUGAUGCAGCAGAUAAUUGAAUAUUUCAGCUAAAUCUUUCGCAUGCUGUCACAAGAACCUAGCUGGGGCACAGAUAUUCCCGAGGGAGCUUGAUGCAUUGAAAAAGGAGAAAAUGUUAGCCACUGAAAAGUUCAAGAUGGUCGACAUGGCGCUCAAAGAAAAUUUCUUUUUGCACUAAAACUACCAAGAACACAGCGGUGACUGCGGUUGAUCACAGUUGAAUACAAUGUGGCGCUAUAAACUUGCCACAUGUUGUUACUUUAAAGCUGUAUGACCAAAGUCCAAAAUGUGACACAAAGUUUAUUGAAGUCAUGAAAAUGGGUAACAUUUUAUGGCAGUAGUUGAUUUAAAAGACUCAGAUGGCAGCCAUCUUGUAAAAUUACAUCCUGACAUUCAAGUGGCCGAUUGGAAAUAUUAAAAACAUUCGACCUAAGGGCUGAGCAUACAGGUUUUUUUAUGCUUGUGUCCAAACGGAGACAAUUUUUACAGUAAUGUGCUGCCCUAUUCUUAGUCUCCCCUCCCGCAAAAUCAUUCAGCUAUUCUCGAUGUGUCACUGCGUCUCUUCCCUUUCUGAGUGUUCAUAGAGAUUAAAAGUCACUGUGGCCUCAAGGUGUUCAUGGGUAAAAACAGCCCUCUGGUCUCUAAGUAACCGAGGAAGCCACAGCAUCCUUUGUGUUUGAAUUUCCAUUUUGUUUUCGCCUUUUCUCUCUCUCUCUGUCUCUGUCUUUCAGCGGUUUAUGUAAAAAUGUGACUAAAGCCAACCCUUUGACCGAACAUGAAAGCAUUAACAGGAAAAGAAAAAGAUUUGAACAUUAUACUCUCCUCUCUCAAAUAAUGGCAGAAACACCCGGAGCCGGCGGGGGACACGGACCGCUCUCGGAUGGCGACCCACCCUUUGCGCACCGUUCCCAUGACUUUCACAGAAUGUCAAGGAGAAGCUCACACAUUCCUCACAAAACACGUCAGCUCACUUCCCGAGUUUUUUUUUUUUUUCUGACAUCCUGCGCUGUUGGGGGUUCUGUGUUUUUGGCUUUGUUUGCGCACAAGACAAAAAGAAUUUCCUGCACUUUAAUAUGAUUUACGGCAUUCUAACGGCCGUCAGACCACAACCACGGAGUCCAACAAAUGUGUAAUUAAUCAAAGUUGUAUAUACAUUACUUUAUGUGUGUGUGUGUGGGGGGGUGUGUGUGUGUGCAUGUAAGUAUUUGUUCUGGAAGUGUCGCCUAAUGUAUUUUUGUAAAUAAAAGGCUCUUGAAUAUCUGUAAAUAGAAGUAAUAUAUGUAAAUCUGUCUGUAAUGGCUUUGUGCUCACAUCUUAAAAGAAGAGAUUUAUGCUGAAAUACACAUCAAUGUAAUGAA